AUGCGCAGGGACAUGAACGGGGUCACCAAGAGCCGCUUUGAGAUGUUCUCAAACAACGAUGAGGCCGUGAUCAACAAAAAACUGCCCAAGGAGCUGCUGCUGCGCACCUGCACGAGCCUCAGCAAGUUCUGCUCCAAACUCAGGCAGCUGGACUUGGCCUCCUGCACCUCCAUAACCAACCUGUCCCUGAAAGCACUGAGCGAGGGAUGCCCGCUGGAACAGCUCAUCAUCUCCUGGUGCGACCAAGUGACCAAGGACGGGAUCCAGGCCCUGCUCGAGGAUGAGGCCCUGAAGUACAUUGGAGCACAUUGCCCCGAGCUGGUGACUUUAAACCUCCAAACCUGCUUGCAAAUCACGGACGACGGGCUGAUCACCAUCUGCAGGGGCUGCCACAAGCUGCAGUCCCUGUGUGCCUCAGGCUGCUCCAACAUCACUGAUGCCAUCCUCAACGCCCUGGGGCAGAACUGCCCUCGCCUCAGAAUACUGGAGGUGGCGAGGUGUUCCCAGCUGACCGACGUGGGCUUCACCACCCUGGCCAGGAUAACAGACAGCACCCUAAUCCAGCUUUCCAUACACUGUCCACGGCUCCAAGUCCUGAGUUUGUCCCACUGUGAGCUGAUCACGGACGACGGGAUCCGUCACCUCGGGAACGGCGCCUGCGCCCACGACCGGCUGGAGGUGAUCGAGCUGGACAACUGUCCCCUCAUCACCGACGCCUCCCUGGAGCACCUCAAGAGCUGCCACAGCCUGGAGAGGAUAGAGCUGUACGACUGCCAGCAGAUCACCCGGGCGGGGAUCAAGAGACUCAGGACCCACCUCCCCAACAUCAAGGUCCACGCCUACUUCGCCCCGGUGACCCCCCCGCCCUCGGUGGGCGGGAGCCGACAGCGCUUCUGCAGAUGCUGCAUCAUCCUAUGA